UCCUUUUCCUUGCCAUGACCUUCUCCCCCCUCUCCCCCCUCUCCACCCACCCCUUGAAAAACUACUCUCCAUCGCCUCUUCUCCCCUCCACGGGCCGCUCAAAACCCCUCCCCCUCGCCGCCCUCCCGCUCCAGCCACGAGAAAGCCAGCUCCGCCCCGGCUCGUUCGCCGGAUCCGGCAGCGGAAGCAGGGAGGGGAGGUGCGGAGGGUCUGGUGGCCGGAUCCGGUGGUAUUGGUUGCGGAUCUGGCGGCGGACUCCUCUCGUUUGGUUGCGUAUCUUUGUUCGGGUUCUUGUUGAUGGGGAACUGCUGGAGCGCGAGGAUCAAGGCGGAGAGCCCCUGCCACAGCGCUUCAGCUUCAGAUUUGGGCGGUGAUCUUGCGAAAGGUUGCUCUGACUUCUCGUAGCGAGGAUGAGAUCUUGCAAUCUUCCAAGCUGAGGUGCUUCACCUUCAGUUCCACCAUCUGGCCAUCCGGCCCCCAGGGCCUCAUGUUCCCCAUGAUCGAGUCCCCCGGCGCCACCGAGCUCGCCGUUCUGCUGUUUCCCACCGCGCGGCGUCCGCGGGUCCGCCGACACAGUGGUGCGCGCCUCCGCCUAUGGCAUCGACGAUGGCUACCUGGCGCGGGUUGACGAGGAGCUGCUGGUGAUGUGCCAGGUGGAGACGGCGGCGGGGCUGGCGGAGAUCGAGGCAAUCGUCGGCGUCGAGGGGGUCGACGUGGUUCAGAUGGAUCUGAGCGCGAGCAUGGGGCAUCUGUGGGAUCUGAGGGAUGCGAUGAAGGAGGCGGAGAGGAAAUUGGGAGGAAUCGAGGCUCUGAUUCAAAAUA